UUUCCGAGUACGAGCAACUCAUUAGCAUGUCCAAGACGGCCCUCAUGGCGAUGACGCUGGUGCAAACGGCGGUCGCGAUCGACUACCUCGGCGGCUGGAUCGAGCCCGCGCACGAGCAGUGCGUUGACAUUUGCAAGAACUCCAAGGCGGCGCCGGGCUGCUUUGGCCCGCCCAGCGAUGCGUGCUAUCAGAAGCGCCAGCGCCCCGGUGACUUUGACUACCUCCUCUUCGACCAGAUCUACCAGCCGCAGUUCUGCCGCGAUCUUCUCAACGGCGUCGACUCGACCAUCACGCACCAGAACGUCAACAAGUACCCGAUCGGCAUCAACUGCCACAAGGUCGACGUCAAGAGCGAGCUCAUGAUCCAUGGUCUGUGGCCCAAUUACAUUAACGGGUACCCGGGCUGCUGCAACGUCUCGGACACGAUCGUGAACCGCCCGUUUGACGCGUCCAAGUUUGCGACCAAGUACCCCAAGCUCUUUGCCGAGAUGGCGUCGGCGUGGGUCGACCCCGCGAUCGGCAACUCGACCGAGCAGCUCUGCCAAGGCUACAACCACGAGUUCCAGAAGCACGGCAUCUGCUUUGGCGCGUUCGGCGACGACUACGACCUCGCCUCCAAGCAGUACUUUGAGGCAACCUUGGACGUCAACACGCGUCUCGCCAAGCAGACCAAGCAGAUCGCUGACUGGGCCGCGACGCCCGAGAAGACGACGACGAUCGCGGACAUUGCGGCUUUGUACCCGAAGAAGGUCAACAUUUUGUGUUCCAAGGUCGCUACCGAAAGCCCCAACCGCCUUGUCGCCAUCCGCACGUGCUUUUCCAAGGUCAAGGACAACUGCGACAGCGACAAGCUCCUCCUCGCGGGCGACUUUAUGGACUGCUUUGGCAACGUCACGACGACGUGCGACGCGACCACGCCCAUCGACUUGGCCGCGUACGUCAAGCCGUCGCCGUAAGUCAACUGCCAUGGCCCUCAACGCCAAGAUACACUUUUAAAGUCGACACAACACGUCGGGGAUGCUAAUAACAACCAUACUGAGAUCAGGU